AUGGAGUCUCUGCUGGCAGUCGUCGAGGAAUUGUACCUUCUGAACAAGCGGUUCACAUUGGAGCGGAUCCAACGGGUAUGGGAGACAUACAGGCGCUGGUUGAAUCCGCAUAUGAUGGACGGAGGGUACUCGCUCACGCUUGACGAGUUCCUGUACAUCGUGGAAGGGACAUCCGCCGACGAGGACGUCGAAGCGCGGCAGUUGUUUGAUCGCAUGAAAGUGCACACCUCCACGAAUCAACGGGAUCAAAUGGACUUGCUCGAGUUCUUGCUCACGUUCACCGUGCUUAGUCGCGGAUCAUGGGAGAAGAAGUGUCAAUUCAUGUUUCAACUCUUGGACUUUGACAUCGAAGACGAGAUCGCCGAAGACGAGUUGGCCAUGAUGAUCACGAUCGUGUGCGAUGGCCUGCGCAAAUUCCGUGUGUUGGACUGUAUCCCUUCGUUUCACGAAAUCGGUGCGAUGGCGGCGCGGGGGUUCCUCCAGAACGACAUUGCAUACGGCUCGAAAAUGAACUUUACCCAGUUUCUCACCUGGUGCAUCUUUCACGCCGACCCGCAAUCUCUCAUGGACUUUAUCACCUGCGGGUACCGCGCCCGAGCCUUGAUUCACAACAUGAGCGCCGUUGUCCAUGCCAAGCAAGUGUACUUGACGUCCGACCCGUACUACCUUCUCCAGCUAGCGUUGCACCCAGCUCCCGACAGACCGGUAUUACGUGGCACGGUUCGCGUUGUGUGUGGACCAGUCGUGGGACAAGUGACCUCUCGGGAAUGCCGAGUGAUGUACGAAUUCAAUGCAGCGCCGCUGACUUCUGUGUCAUGUUGCGCCUUCCGACCUACAGAUCCAGCGACGCACAUGUCGUCCGACGUGGGCAGUUCCCAUUUCAUCUUGGACGAACGCGUCGAGUUAGCGUUGCGACCGUACGAGCCAUUGGUGGCCCACUUCAAGGCCCUCACCCCUGCCACAACCUAUAUUCUUUGUCUUAUGGGGAACGACAUGGCCCCAUCUGACGCGAACGCGGCAGUGGCGCAAGUAACCACGCUUCCAACCACGACAGCAGCGAUGUCCAUCCAAUUCUUCAACCACUGGAGUCCAAAGACAAGCCAUUCAACGACAACACUAGGGCACAACGAGCGGCUUUCGUACGACGCAGCGUUCGACAAACUCCAUCACGCACCACCCACAAGUCAAACCAUCAGUGUCCACUGGAACGUCGGGUGCAUGGCGCCGCGUAUGGUCUUGGAAACGUUGCGAUCGCUUGGCGUAGCCCAACCGACACGUCGCUUGGACGAAGACAUAGCGUGCAGCCGCGUGGCCAGUCAUUUCCGGGCGUCGUUGGCUGCGUAUCAUUACGUGUACCGCGUGUCGUCGAAUCUGUUUGUCACGUCGUGGAGCCACGUCAUGUAUGGGCACUUUACACCAGAAGACAAGACCGCGUUGAGUCAGAUCCCGCGCCAUCAAGUGGAAUGGCUAGAGGCCAAAGUUCAACACAUGUGCAUUUCGUACCUGCACAGUUUGUGGCCUGCCGACACGGACUCGAUCUCGUUCGGCGGCGAUGUCCGCCUCUUGCUGCAGCGCUCUCCACACGACGACAUUGCACGACGUCUCUUGGCUGGCCCAACCACAGGAACGGUUGUGGUUGUCACAUCGAUUCCGUUGUUGCCCUUGGCUCCGUCCAAUUCGUCGGUCGAUCUCGUCGACUCGUUCAUGACGUGGAAGUUGCGCGCCAACACGUCGAGGCUGGUGGUCGUGGCGUGCGCGCCUCCAUUUUCGCCAGGAUACAUGGCCAAAGUGUCGUUGCAGAACACUUCGUCGUCGUUUGUCCAUCUCGUGUGCGGAUCUUUGCGGCCAACCCUCCCAUUUGCCAGCGACUCGACUGCAUCGUUGGCCUCGUACGUGCUCGAUAAGUUUGUUGUCGAGACCACCAGUGUGCGCGUGGACACUCACAUUGCAACUGUUGUUUGCAUUCAAACGUCACGUCGUUCGGAGAAUGAAAGCACAGUGGCUGACGAUGUCACAGUCGAGUUGGUCAAUACGCAACUCCCCGAACCAUUGCAGCUGCUCGUGGGCCCCGUAGUCGGCCUCGUCACGUCGUCGGAAGCGUCCAUUUUGCUCGAAGUGAACCGUGAAGUUGUCCUCGUAUGCCACGUCAUCGAUCGCCUGACCCAGGCCACGAUCACAUGUCAUCAACGGACGGUGGCGUAUCGUCCCGUGGUAGUGCAGCUCACCAACUUGCUUCCCCAAAGAUGCUACGACUUUAAAAUUCAAGGGCUACCACCCUCGUUGCAAUCCACAGCCACGUUUCACACGAGGCAAGUCAACGCCCCAGCGCUCCACGUCACGUGCGUCUCGCACGACCAACUGUUUCCCCGGCAAGACCAAGCAGUGCCGUUUUCAAUGCCAGUGUCGGCCUGGCAAGAUUUGGCCACGAACGAAUUGACGUUUCCUAGCUCCGACGCGACGCUUUAUGUUGGCCAGCAUUUGUCCACGAUGGAUGCAGCGCACGAAGCCAUGCGGGUGUGGGAAGCCGAUCCAAGCAACACCGACGGCAUCUCGACGUGCUUUCGACAUGCCAUUCGCAGGCAUUGGCAGGAAAACCAGUUGAUUUUGAGACGGGGGAGCCACUGGUUUGUCGGGUCUGGAUGGGACUGGAGCCAGUACACGGUGCUGCAUCUGAGUCAGCGCGUGGUCGAGUGUGCCGAACGCGUGGCGUGGGAGUACCAGCAGCAUGCCCAAACCAGUGCCCAAGCAUUGCAUCGAUACAGCUACCAUACCCUGACAGGCCAUGCAGCCAUUGGGGUGCUCCACUUGGACGUGCUCGAGCAUCGACUGGCCACGACACACACGUAUCUGCAACAUACGCCAGAACUGUUAAGUCCCGAGCAGUGGGCCCUGGUGGACCAGGUGCUGGCACCGACGUCGUCGACGGCGCACUGCCUUGCGAUCACGUGCGAUGUGCCGAUUGUAUGGCACGUUGCGCGUUCCAACGUCGAGCCAACGUUGCUAUGGCGGGAUUGGAUCAUGUACCCCACCGAACUGCGCAAGUUGCUUGAAUUGGUCGCCGCGUGGAAAGCCCAUGAUGAGGCGCGCAACGUGUUGUUUGUGUGCGGUGGGCCGUUGGGAGUCAAGUCGACGAUACAAAUUAACGAAACCGGCGUGACCGUCCAACAACUCGUGGUGGGCCCCGUGGCGAACCCAGUUGAAUCCACAAUUAUCCCCAAGUCCGGCGACUUUCUCGAUCGCUUUACGGUCGACCAUUCCUGCAGCAGUCGCACCAGCGACACACAGUACGCCACGGUCACGGCGGUGCCGCAUCCAAGUCUCGCACAGUUUUGUGUGCAUCAAGUGGUUACCCAUCAGCCCAGCGCCAAGGUGCUAGUGGGGCCAGUGUUGGGCAAAAUCACCGCGACUUCGGUCCGCGUUUUGCUCGAAGUGAACAGUGCCGUGGACGCUUGCACGUGUGUGUGCACGAACGUUCAAACUCAAGAGCGCCAUAUCCACACUCGGAGCAUGCAAGCAAGUCUUCCUGCAGCUUUUGUCGUGUCUGACCUCCAGCCCCUCUCGCACUAUGCCAUCUCGUUCGAGGGCAUCGCGUGGACGGUGGACACCCAUGUGACAACGUUUCAAACCCCCCACAACCACCCGUUUGCGUUUGACUGCGUGCUGGUUCACGACUCCGAUUGGAGGAAUCUCACAGACAACGACGGGUCGUUGUGGCGGGAGAUUCUCACGAGUGCUCCGUAUCACGCCACAGAUGCCGCUGCCACCGCGACCAACAACGGAGAUGGCCUCAACCGUCGGGACAACCUAUGGCAGACCAUCCACGACACCACCACGGCCCUUCCACUCCGACGACCGCUGCUUCUCGUGCACAUUGGUGGCCAAGUGCACAUGAAACACGCGUUCACAGACAAAGAGCUCGUGGCGCUGGUGCGACGGAUGCUUGACAUGCCCAAAGACGAAUGGAAUAGGUUGAUGCGACCAGAGAUCCAACACCGCAUGCAACAAGUAUAUCGAGUGCAAUGGAACAUCCCUCCAUUCCGAGACGCGCUGCGCGUGUGCGGCAACGUCAUGCUCGUGGACGAACCCGAUCUGUACUUUUCCGCGUCCUUAGUCGAGUCCACGUUUGACGACCGCUUAGCUGACGUGGCCGAGAUUGUCCAAUUCAUUCGAGAAAUCGCGCAAUUCGUAUGGCUGUACUACCAGAACCAGCUGUGGCUGGACGUAGUUCCAGACGAUGUGCUCGCGACACGCACCGCCAGCUUUGUCCAGUACGGUCACUGCACCCUAGCUAUUCUCAACAAGAACCUCAACCCCCCAGUGGUCGACGACCCCCCCCCAUCUUCUUCCACCACUACAUCGAAAAAGCCAAUGGCCAAGAGAAAUUCCACCAAGUCCGCCGGUAUCGACCUGACCAAAGUCGCCCAAGCCAACAAUUUGCUCCCACCGGCAGCCUGGCUGGUCUUGGAUGACGCUAUCAUUGGUGCCAAGCACAACUGCAAAUUGAUGUGCGUUGUGGUAUGCUGCGACCUCCUCGAAGCGUCGAUGGCGUCCAUUUUCCUCAUCGGCGUCACACGGUUGCUGGAAAAGGUGUUUGACUGGAAAAACCAGCGCCUGAACGACCGCAACGUGGCCAUCCUCAUGCAGAGCACGACCACGACCGACACGUACAUCGUCACAGACCAGCGGAGCCACGCGACGCUCCGCCUGAUCCCCGUGGGGUCGAUCACGUCGUCGCGACGCCUGAACGCGCCUUCGUAUCCGAUAGACGGGGGUCACUUUUCAAAGCGAUUUACGUUUGCCCGGGACGUGAUGGCCGGACGCGACGGGAAGCCAUCGUCGCAGGCGGAGAAUGCCGUGGACGGGACCAAAGGCUACGGACACGUGCAUGUAACGUCCGACUUGGACGUGAUGCAAUGGUACCACGUCGCCCACUGGUUGCCUUUCACGAAACCGUGCUAUGCAAUUACGGGUCCGAUUGUUGGGCGGAUGCAAGUCGUCGAGCCCGACAACGACCAGACGUUUGACGCAACGGUGCACGUGUGUAUUGUGCUCGAAGUGAACGCCGCCGCAACCAUCACUUGUGUGGUCGUGGAUGUCUUGGCCAACAUCGAAUUGCGCUUUGCCCAAGCGUUUCAGCCCAAUACCCCCACGACCAUUCGGUGCACAAACUUGGAGCCGUCCACUCGAUACGCAUACACGUUUGAGGGUCUUGCCAACCGGGACGAUCGCCAAGGCGUGUUCCAUACCCCAGACGCACAACUCAACGCAAUCAACAUCGUCGCAGUGAGCACAAACUUUCCCCAAGACCGUGCCACGUCGUCGCCCAACUUAUGGGAAGCGCUGCACACUCGGUUGCAAGUUCCGUGGCAUGGGAUUGACGUGGUCGCGCACGUUGGAGGACAAGCGCCGAUGCAAUCUGCGGCCAACGAAUGCCUUGGAUGGCUACAAUCUCAGCCAAAAAAGCUUGACGAUGUGACGAUGUGGAAAGAACGCGUCCGCACGCGAUUCCAGCAAGAGUAUCGAGUCGUGUGGAACACUCCGUUCUUGCGCACAGUGUUGAGCCACACGAGCCAGCUCAUGGUGCUCACGGCCGCCGACGUCGCCAGCUUCUUUGGGCGGUCCAAGGCGUCGUUGGUCAAGGAAGGCCGAUCGGAGGAGGACGUGGCGCUCAUGCAGUUGGUCGUGGCAUGUGCCAAGGAUGUCGCUGCGCUCUACUACGGCGCUCUUGGGUGGCGAAACGAUGGGGACGCACCUCUGGACGGAGAACGCGCCAAGAAUGGGGAUGGAGAGGACGACGAAAUCGACGCCAACAACGACGUUUCAACACGGACUCGAAAUGCAAAGGACGAGUUUUACAGCAUUCGAAUGGGCCUCGUGGCCAUGUUUGUGUUUGACAUGCGCGCGACGGAAGACGGCGACUUGGUCACGUGUAACAAACGAUUGGCGACGCCGCCAACGGAGCGUCCGCUGAUCAGCGAAGACCAGUGGCUUGCCUUCGAGAGUGUGUGUCGAAAGAAGAGCGUGCGGGUGCUGGUGCUGUUGAUGGAGUUCCCGCUGCUCUUGUCUGGCAACGUGUCGGCGUUUGCAGCCGCUUUCAACGGCGGGGGGACACCUAACCAGGAGAACGACGACCUGUACAACACGACGCACCUGGCGGCGCACUGGCUCGCGUGUCCGGCGCAGUUGCACGCGCUGAUCAGCCUCCUCUUUCGCUGGAAGCAAAAGAUCGACGGCCGCGACGUGGUCGUGGUGAGUGGGAAUCUCCGCUUUGGGCUCGACACGUUUAUACAAGACACGUCGACGUCGUUUGGGUUUCACAAUUAUGUCACGGGUCCAAUCGCGGCGGCGGGGCGGCCGUUCGGGUACGAAGAUGCCGGAACGACCAUGGACAAGCGCAUUGCGUUCACCCAUCGCUUCGCCCCGGCCGUGGCCAACUAUGUGCUGGUGGAGAUUUCCAUCUUAGAGGAAACACUGCCCGACCACACAACAGCUCACAGCGCGCUCGUGAACGGAGACGUCGUCCAUGCCGACAAUGUCCGCGUCUUGCACGACCUGAAGCGCCUCAAUCGGUGGCCGCAGUGGUGGCGGCGCUACUGCCCCAUGGCCGCAACCGCCUUCUGGACCGACCUCGUCGUCAAGUCGGAACCCCCCCACGUACAACAGUACAUUCGAGCCGAUACGGCGCUCACGAACCUGCUCAAACCGUUGUAUGCCAAGUACAACUUUAUCGACUCGACGAGGAUGGACGCGCUGCAAAGCACCCCGUCCUCCCCCACAGCGGCAUGGACGCGAUUCCAAAAUGUAUUGCGAGAAGUGUGGCAGGCCAUGCCUAUGGCUAUUCGACAGAUGUGUGCAGACGUUCGAGAUGAGUUUGUGGUGGAAAUUGCACGGGCUCAGGUUCAACUGGACAUGUCGGGCCCCAUCGACAUGACGGCGUUCCAGUCCAUCUGCAAGGACAUUCUCACCUGUGCCGCGCGGACGCAUGUGGCCAUGACGCUGCACAAGGACGACGACGACCAAGCCACGGCGUCCAAGCGGGAAGAAACUGCUAGGGCCAAGGAACUGGAGCGACGGGCAAACGUUGGCGCGGAACUGCGCCGGAAGCAAGAGGAAGCGCAUCUAGCAGAGCUCCAGCAGCGGUCGAUCCUAGAGUAUGCGCAAGAGAAGAAUCGACUCGAGAAGGCGCGACAGGACGCGGCGGUGGCGGAGCGCGAGGCGGCGAAAGCGGCCAAGAAGGCGGCUCGGGAUGCCGAGAAGGAGCGCCAGCGAGACGAAGACGUGAGCAUUCGAAAGGAAAAGAGCGCGCUGAAGCAGAUGAAGCUGACGCUGGACGAACAGACCGCGGCUGGAGGUCCGAGCGACGAGAGUUUGGACAAGGAAAUGGAAUGGACACGGCGAAGUCGCAUACUACAAGCGCGGAUUCAACGACGCGAGGAACAAAGGUACCGCGAGGGAGUGCGGAGGGAGUCGAAGCAAGCCAAGAAGAACUCUGUGAGUUAAGGCGUUUAUUGAUUCGUAUGAAGGGCUUCGCAUUCGUCA